AUAUGUGUACUAAUAGUUUUGAAUAAAUCUUUUUUCAGAUUGAACAAUGCCUAAGUUGAAGAAAAAAUCAGAUAAUCAAAAGCACGCCCAAGACAGGGAGAGGAAGCGCAGGAUUUCUUUACAAAAUGUAUCUCAAACUAGUGACACUGACACUUAUCAUAAUGAUAUGAACACUGUUUCUGUUAAUCAGUCAACACAACAUUUUGUUUUCAACGCUGUGGACUUAAUGUGGCAAAUUCAAAAGUGUCUGGAUAUAAAUACACGUUUCAACAGUUCAUUAAACAUAAUACAAAAUCUCCAAAGCAGAAUAUCUCAGGAAAUUCAUGAACCUACAAUAUGUAUUAAAGUUAAAGGGGAUGGAAACUGCUUUUUUCGAUGUAUUGCUUAUGUGCUAUGUGGAGACGAAAGCUUUCAUACCCAAGUUAGACAGACAGUGCUUUUACAUAUGUGCUCCAGUUCCCAGAUACUAACUUCACUCUUGCCACCAAAUACAACCAUGUCACAAUACAUAGCUAGGUCAAAGAUGUCUGAAGAUAAAGUAUGGGCAACACAGGUUGAGAUAAUAUCCACAGCUCACUUAUUACAGACUGACAUAUAUACAUACUCAAAAUAUGGACAUGAACUGAAAUGGUUAAAACAUACUGCACAGUUCGUAGACAAUACACUCCAGAUAAAUGAAAAAGCAGUUUAUUUAGACCACCAUACAGGUAUUCAUUUUGAUGUUGUACUUGAUGUUGGAACAUCAGUGUCUAGUGAUUCUACAGCUGAAAAAACUUUUCUGUGGAGUGAAUUGUUGAAGCAAGAAAGUCGGCAAAUAUACAAUAAGUACUACAAGCAGGCCCAAAGACAAUGUGCUGAGUACAAAAACAAAGAAAACAGAAGCAGGAAUGAAGGACGCUCUUCAAAAAGAACCAAUAGUGAGUACAGACUGUUACAAAACCAGCGUAGGAAUGAAACACGUUCUUCCAAAAGAACUGACACUGCAUACAGACACUCAGAAAACCAGCGUAGGAAUGAAACACGCUCUUCCAAAAGAACCGACAGUGCAUACAGACACUCGGAAAACCAGCGUAGGAAUGAAACACGCUCUUCCAAAAGAUCCGAUAGUGCAUACAGACACUCAGAAAACAAGCGUAGGAAUGAAACACGCACUUUGAAAACUACCAGUAGUGACUACAGACAAUUACAAAACAAGCGUAGGAAUCAAACACGUUCUUUGAAAAGAACCGAUAGUGACUACAGACACUUGGAAAACCAGGGUAGGAAUCAAACACGUUCUUUGAAAAGAAACGAUAGUGACUACAGACAUAUGGAAAACCAGGGUAGGAAUCAAACACGUUCUUUGAAAAGAACCAAUAGAGACUACAGACAUAUGGAAAACCAGGGUAGGAAUCAAACACGUUCUUUGAAAAGAACCAAUAGAGACUACAGACAUAUGGAAAACCAGGGUAGGAAUCAAACACGUUCUUUGAAAAGAACCAAUAGUGACUACAGACAGUCCGAAAAUGAAGAUAGAAAUGAAAACCGUAAAAGAAAACGAAGCAAUAGUCAAUAUAGACAAACAGAAAAUGAUCACAGAAAAAAAUGGAGAUCAUCGUCACAUCGAAAGCAGAGAGAAUUACUUUUAAAGCGUAAACAAAGGCAGAAAAAAAGGUCAGAGCAAUCAUCGCUACAAACACAAGUACAGCUAUUCAAUGAUCUUUUAAAUAGAGGAGAUGACUUUGUGUGUACAAGCUGCCAACAGACGUUUUACCAGCACAGUGUCUACACAGUGAGUAGAAAAAGUUUAAUCAGGAAAGGAAUAUCACCCCAGUUUAUAGACAAAGUGUUAACAGAUUAUAAGAGUGUUUUAAAUUCAGAAUGGAUAUGUAAAACCUGUUACAAUUACAUCUCAGAUGAGAGAAUGCCUCCAAUGGCUGUUGCCAAUGGGUUCUUACUUCCACACCUUCCAGAUUCACUAUCUUCUCUUAGUCCAACAGAAACAGAGGAGCGAUGUACAGCAUUGAGGAUCCCAUUCAUGCAACUGAAACAACUGGGCAUUGGAAAACAGUUUGGCAUCUAUGGAAACACUGUUAAUGUACCAAUGAACCCCUCGAGUGUAGUGUCUAUGCUCCCAAGAAGAUUUGAACAAACAGAGACUAUACACCUUCAGUUCAAGAGAAGACUUCAGUUUAAAUCUUCAGUAUAUUAUGAAACAGUCAGGCCAAAGGUAAUAUAUGACUUCACCAAAUACUUUGUAGAAAACAGUGACUUAUACAAAGAAGAGGGAGUUACAUUGGAUAAUGAAUGGUAUAAAGAAGCACAGGACAAAAAAGAAAUUUCCUUUUCUUCUGUGGAAGAUAUUGAAAAUUUACAAACGGAAGACACUAACAAAGAAAAGCAGGAGAGUACUGAAGAGGAUACUUGGAAUGAAUUGACCGAAGAAGAACAGGCAGGUGCAGGGAACAAGGACACCUUGAUGCAAAAUGUUGACUUUGCAGAUGAUGGUCUUCAUGCACUGCAGAUAGCGCCUGGUGAAAAGAACCAUCCAAUAAGUCUAUUUAUGGACACUUUUGCUGAGGAGAAGUCUUUUCCUAUCUUGUUUUGUGGCAAAAAAAGAAUCGAAAAUAUUGAACGGACUGUACCAGUAACUUACAGUUCAAUAUGUAAAGCAGAGUUAAGGAAUGUGGAUACAAGAUUCUCUAAAUCCGUCCCAAAUAUGUUUUUCAAACUUAAAAAAUUACAGGCAUUGCAAGUAAGAGAUUUGGCUACAACUGCUCUCAGAAAAUCUAAGAAUGUUUCAUAUACUGCGGGAGAACUGAAAAUACCAGAAAACAUUCAAAACAUCCUACAUCAUGAUGACGGAUUUCGAUUUCUAAAAACUCUUCGAUCUUCUCCACCAUACUAUCAGACAAAACAAAAAGAUUUGUUUGCCAUGAUCAACCAGCUAGGCUUGCCAACAUUCUUUGCCACUUUCUCUGCAGCAGAAACAAGGUGGCCAGAUCUGUUAAAACUUCUCUGUAAAAAGUCUGGCAAAACUGUUACUGAACAGGAAAUAGUCAACCUGAACUGGAUGGAAAAGUGUCAACUGAUACAAAACAAUCCAACCACAUGUGCUAGACACUUCCAUUACAGAACUAAGUUGUUUUUAAACAACUUCCUCACAUCAGAUAUCUCACCUAUUGGGAAGGUGGAAGAUUUCUUUAUCAGGGUGGAAUUUCAACAAAGAGGGUCCCCUCAUCUACACUGUUUGUUCUGGGUAAAGGAUGCCCCUGUGUAUGGCUCCUCUCCAGAAAAGGACAUAAUUGAAUUCAUUGACAACAAUAUCAGCACAAGUUCUGAUGUUCAUGAAGAUGCAAAACAGUUUGUACAGUUACAGAUGCAUCGCCAUUCCCAGUCAUGUAAGAAGAAAGGGAAAGAGAUAUGUCGAUUUGGAUUUCCCCUCCCACCAAUGAAGGAAACUUUGAUAAUGGAACCAUUUUCUUCUGACACGGAAAAGGAAGUUUUGAAAGCAGCCAAACAGAACUAUGAGAAAGUACUGAAAGUGUUAAAAGCACUACCUAAGGAUGCAGAACUAACAUUUGAUCAAUUCAUUGGACAGUGUGAGCUUACCUACGACCAGUAUCUUGGCGCUGUUAGGUCAUCAUUGAAGAGGAAACAGGUACUUCUGAAAAGAGCAGUGAAAGAUGUGAGAAUGAAUGCAUACAACUUGAAUGUAUUAAAAAUCUGGCAGGCAAACACAGACCUUCAGUAUGUGCUAGAUCCUUGGGGAGUUUGUGUGUAUAUUGCGAGUUACAUCAUGAAAUCACAGAGAGGAAUGAGCCUGCUUUUACAGAGAGCAACGGAGGAAGUGAAAAAAGGAAAUUUAAAGCUAAGGGAGAAAGUCAGACACAUCGCCAACAAGUUCUUAAAUCAUUGUGAAGUCUCUGCCCAGGAAACCGUUUAUUUGUUGCUACAGCUUCCUCUCACUCAGAGCUCAAGAAGUGUGAUUUUUAUAAAUACCUCCCCACCAGAAAAACGUGUAGAAAUUCUGAAGCCAUUGUCACAAAUAGAACAUCUUCCUGAUAGCUCUACAGAUGUAACAUGUUCUGGAUUGAUUGACAGGUAUGCUGAUAGACCAAAAAUAUUAGAACAGCUAUGUUUAGCAGAGUUUGCCGCAUUCUUUGAAAAAAAACCACGUUUAAAGAAAGAAACUGGAAAAGAAAUUCCAACUGAAAUAGAUAACACAGACAACAAUGUUGACAUUGUAACACCAGGCACUGAGAUCAAAUUGGCAGAUGGAAGUCGACUUGUACAUCGCAAGACACCUAAAGUGAUACGCUAUGUGAAAUUCAAUGUAUCAAAAGACACAGAGAUGUAUUACAGAGAACAGCUGAUGUUAUUCUCACCUUUCAGGGAAGAAAUGAAGCUAAUGGGCACAUCAGACAGUUUUGAAAGCCAGUAUAAACUCUUAGAGGAAAAAAUAACCAACAAACGCCAUCAAUUUCAGAUUGGUACAGAAGGUAUAGAAGAGGCUAUGAAUGCAGUAUCAGAAGAAAUGAUCAAUGAUGAAUUAGAUGACAUUGCACCAGUUGCCAGGCAGUCUGAAGAAGAUGCCGUUUUACAAAAGGAAGAUCCUGUUUCCAUGCUGCAACCUCCACAUGAAAAAUACAAGCACUUUGAUAUAGGGUCUUUUAAAGACUCACCAGAAGCAAAUACUCGGGGAUGCAUUAUCCAGAACAGAGUGUCAAAUGAAGAUUUUUUCUCUAUGGCAGUGUCUUUGAAUGAAGAGCAAAAGAAGUUUUUUUAUGAAGCAUUACACAGAAUUAAGACAACAACUGAACCAUUUUACUUCUUCCUUUCCGGUGGAGCAGGAGUUGGAAAAUCCCAUGUACUUAAGACCAUUUAUCAGGCCUUGGUUCGUUAUUUUGACAGUGUCCCAGGCGAAAAUCCUGAUGACAUCAAGGUUGUUAUUGCUGCACCAACUGGUAAAGCAGCGUACAAUGUACAUGGGAAUACGCUGCACAGCCUUCUUGACAUUCCACCCAGCAAUGCUUUGAGAUCUUAUAUACCACUUAGUAAUAGCACUCUCAAUACCUUGCGCAGCCGUUUUUACAAGCUAAGAGUUUUAAUCAUUGAUGAAGUAUCUAUGGUCGGAGUCAACCUCUUUAAUUUUGUAUGUAGCAGACUGCAACAAAUCUUUGAUUCCACCAAGCCAUUUGGAGGUAUUUCACUAAUUCUUGUUGGAGAUCUCUUUCAGCUGAGACCAGUUGGUGAUUCAUGGAUUUUUGAGAAUGAUUCUGUUCAAUAUGGUCCAUUAUUGAGAAACCUUUGGCAGGACCUAGUCCAGCUGUAUGAACUGACAACCAUAAUGAGACAGAAGGAUGAUGCCAUAUUUGCAUGCUGUCUCAACCGCAUUAGAGAGGGAAAGCAGACAAAGGAAGACAUAGAUCUUAUUGCAUCAAGGCUAUGUACCAAGGAAGACACUAAUCAGUGUAUUCACUUGUUUAGCACCAACCACCUGAUUGACGAACACAAUCAACAAGUGUUAUCAUAUAAGGAAGGACUGACAUUCAUUUCUGUUGCUGUGGACUAUAUACAAGGUGAUGUGUCUGUUAAAGACAGGACAGCAGUUUUAGACUUUGUUAAACACUUAGAAGUUAGGAAAACUCAGAAUUUGAGAUUUGAACUCCAACUUAAAGAAUCUGGAAACUACAUGCUAACACACAAUAUCAGCACAGCAGAUGGAUUAACCAAUGGUGCCAGUUGUCAAAUAGAAAUGGUUCAAUGUUUUAAUAAUAUACCGACAGUAGUAUGGGUCAAAUUUCAGCCAAAUGAAAUAGGAUCAGUCACAAGACAGGAACAUAAGCACUUGUAUGCAUACAGUUCUGCAAUUCACAAAUCAUGGACACCAAUACAAAAAAUCCAAAAAGAAUUUCAAACAUCCAAAAACAGCAAAGUAAAAAUAGUGAGAAAACAGUUUCCUCUGCAGGCAGCAGAAGCCAUAUCUAUUCACAAAUCUCAAGGUUCAACUCUUGAUGAAGCAGCUGUGUCCUUCAGAGGUAGAAUUCAGAAACACAUGGUCUAUGUAGCAUUAAGUAGAGUCAGAACUUUAAAAGGACUUAAACUUCUUGACUUUGAUCCUAAGAAGAUUACUGUUGAUUAUCUUGUUCAGCAAGAAAUGCUAAGAAUGCGGAAUGAAUCAUCAUUGCAGUGCACACAGUUCUGUCUUCCAAAGUCAAAUUUUACAGUUGCAUGUCAUAAUUCAAGGUCACUUCACAAGCAUAUCAACCAGUACAGGAACGACACAAGACUCACUGAUGUUGAUGUCCUGGUUUUACAAGAAACAUGGGCAUUAAAGGAUGACUAUAAACACCAUUACCACCUGAAUACUUUUCAGGAUCCCUAUUGCAUCUACACAGAAAUUGAUCGGAAGAGACCACACUCUGGAACAUUCAUAUAUGUUAAAAUAGGGCUUAACAUUGUAUCUAGUGUUCAGGCAACAGAGCCUGGCCUGGAAAGUGCAUGUCUUCUGAUAGAAAAGAAUGGACACCAGUUUGAAAUCAUAAGUGUAUAUUGCCAUCCACCUGGAAACACAUCUAAAGUUUGUAAAACAGUACAAACACUCAGAACUCGAACAGUGCCAUGCAUUAUAAUGGGAGACUUUAACAUUGACCACUUACACCUCUCAAAAAGUGAGAAAUUAUGUCAGUUCAUGGAAAGACAUUUGAAAGCAAAGCCACAGAUCUCUGAUGAAACAACAGAUUACCAUUCCCUACUGGAUCAGAUAUACUCUUCAAAACCAGCCAUAAGUGCAGGAGUCCUUGAAACUGUUUGGAGUGACCAUAAGAUUGUGUGGGCAGCCAUAUAAGUUACAAAGUACAUCAAUACGGUACAUGUAUUAUUAUUAAGAAUUACUAGCUGGGUUUGUUUCGGCCACUACACAAACAUGUAUGAAUCAGUAAUUUGCAUAUGGGGAAAAAUUGGACUGAAAUUACUGACUCCUUAUAUAUCUGUGUAAUGUCAGGAACAAGCCUUAUAAUUGAUUUAUUUCAUCAACCACUUUUCCUAAUCAUUUAUUUAUUUCAGUGUUUCACCAUAUCCUUAGUACUAAACCUGUAUGAUUUCUACUAACCCUACAUAAUGAGAUCACAAUCUGCAUGCAACCAAAAUAAUGGCAUCAUGUGUUUUCUUCACUCCCAUCUUUUAUUUUUCAUUCUGUCAAAUCAAUACUUGGACGUUG